UGUUUUUCAUCCAGUGUACAUUAAAGUCUUUAAAUAAACAACUAUUUUAUACGAUGAAAACUAAAAGUUCAUCUAAUAUUUUGUGUUCCAUAGAAAAUGGUAUUCAGAAAAUCGUAUUAAAUCGACUAGAAAAAAAAAAUGCUAUCAACGAAUCGAUGUAUAAACAAUUAUCACAGAUCUUACAUGAAUCUAUUCAGAACGAUGAUAUACGCAUGGUAGUCUUAACUGGCGUUGGUAAUAUUUUUAGCAGCGGAAAUGAUUUUUCUUCUCUAGGAAUGAACGAAGAUGUUGAUGCUGAAAGUUCAAUUACUACUUUCAAAAAUUUUGUGGAUAAUUUAAUUACAUUUCCCAAGCUUUUAGUAGCCAUUGUAAAUGGUCUUGCAAUUGGAAUUGCAGUAACAAUGCUACCAUUGUUUGACAUGGUAUAUGCAUCAGAUACGGCUUAUUUUCAAACACCAUUUACUAGAUUAGGUCUUGUUGCAGAAGGAUGUUCUACAUAUACAUUUCCUAAACUAUUUGGACAAUCUAAGGCUGGUGAUAUAUUAUAUUUAGGCUACAAAAUGAAUGCUCUUGAAGCUAAACAAUAUGGUUUAGUUAGCGAAGUAUAUAAACAUGAACAUUUAGAUGAUGUUUGGACAUAUUUAAAAACAGUGACUAUGCUUUCACCUAGUUCAAUACUAGCAAUUAAAAGUUUAGUUAAAAGAUGGAACAAGGAAAUUUUAUUGGAAACUAAUGCACAAGAAUCAGUCGAAUUGAGAAAAUGUAUGCAGUCUUCUGAUUUCAUAGAGAGACUUGUAACUAUUAUGUCGCGUAAAAGCAAAAUUUAAAAUUAUUUCCACUUCC